ACAAAAGAUCAGCGCUUCACCCUCUGUGCCCUCACCUCUGAGGCCAACCUCCGCCCCCUCUGUCAUUUUAUUUUUACGUUUUCCAGCGUCACAUCCCCCUGGCCUAGCCGGAGGAAUGUAGAGUCAAAGGAGCUUUAAAAAUAGCAUCCUCCGCUCUAACAGCGCUGCUCCGGAGGCUCCGCAGCACUCUGCUGGGAGAGGCAGGAAUGCGAAGAUGGCUGCAGACCUGGGAGAGUUGCUGGUCCCCUUCAUGCCCACCAUCAGAGUCCCCAAAACAGGAGACAGGGUCUACAAGAGCGAGUGCGCCUUCUCCUUCGACUCCCCAGAGUCCGACGGAGGCCUGUAUGUGUGUAUGAACACAUUCCUGGGCUUCGGACGGGAACAUGUGGAGAGACAUUAUCGCAAAACAGGACAGAGUGUUUACAUGCACCUCAAACGACACGUUAAAGAGAAAGCCACAGGAGCAGCAGGAGGUGCCAUCCCCAGACGAAGAAAUGGAAAAGUGUUUCUAGAUUUAGAGCUAAACCGGGAUUUUAAUGGCGAGGACUAUGAGUAUGAGGAUGAGGCGAAGCUCGUCAUUUUCCCAGACCACUUCGAGAUCCCUUUACCAAAUAUUGAGGAGCUGCCAGCUCUGGUGACUAUUGCCUGUGAUGCAGUACUAAAUGCACCUUCAGCUUACAAGAAACAGGAGCCUGAGUCUUGGGAAGAGGAGAUCCAGGUUUCUAGACAUGCCAGAAGCCUCAGACAGCUGGAUAACGGGGUCCGGAUUCCACCUAGUGGCUGGAAGUGUCAGAAAUGCGAGAUGAGAGAAAACCUGUGGCUGAACCUGACUGACGGAUCGGUUCUUUGUGGGAAAUGGUUCUUCGAUGGGAGCGGGGGAAACGGACAUGCUCUAGAGCACUACAGAGAGACCAACCACCCCCUGGCUGUUAAACUGGACACCAUCACUCCAGAUGGAGCAGAUGUUUACUCGUUUGAGGAGGAAGAGGCUGUAUUGGACCCCCACAUAUCAGAGCACUUGUCACAUUUUGGAAUAGACAUGCUCCAGAUGCAGCGGAGAACAGAGAAUGGACACCACACAGACAAUAACCCACGACCGCGAGUCAGUGAGUGGGAAGUGAUCCAGGAGUCUGGUAUGAAGCUGAAGGCAGUGUAUGGUUCUGGUUACACUGGCAUCAAAAACCUGGGAAACAGCUGCUACCUCAGCACAGUACUACAGGUCCUUUACAGCAUCCCAGAUUUCCAGAGGAUGUAUGUAGGUAACCUUCAGAGGAUAUUCGACUAUUCACCCCUUGAUCCCACUCAGGAUUUUGCCACACAGAUGGCUAAACUUGGACACGGGCUGCUCUCAGGCCAGUACUCCAAGCCACCCAUGAAAUCUGAGCUCAUUGAACAGGUGAUGAAAGAAGAACACAAGCACCUACAGAGAGGGAUCUCUCCGCGAAUGUUCAAGGCACUGGUAAGCAGGGGCCACCCAGAGUUUUCCUCCAACAGACAACAAGAUGUCCAUGAGUUCUUCCUACACCUCAUCAACUUGGUGGAAAGGAACAGUGCUGGCUCAGAGAAUCCAAGCGACUCCUUCCGUUUUUUGGUGGAGGAGCGAGUCCAGUGCUGUCAGAGCCGGCGAGUCCGUUACACUCAGCGGGUGGACUACUGCAUCCAGCUGCCAACACCCAUAGAGGCAGCUACUAACAGAGAGGAGCUGCUUGCAUACGAGGCCAAGCGGAAAGAAGCUGAGGAGAACAGGCGGGCCCCUCCUGAACCGGUGCGAGCACGGAUUCCUUUCACAGCCUGCCUUCAGGCCUUCACAGAGCCGGAAAAUGUUCCUGACUUCUGGAGCUCUGCGUUGCAGGCCAAGUCAGCUGGAGUCAAAACCUCCCGUUUUGCCUCAUUCCCAGAGUAUCUGGUUGUGCAGAUCAAAAAAUUCACAUUCGGUAUUGACUGGGUACCAAAGAAGCUUGACUUAGCCAUCGAUGUUCCAGACUUUUUGGAUCUGAACCGCCUUCGAGCCACAGGCCUGCAGGCAGGUGAGGAGGAGCUCCCGGAUCUUAUGCCUCCCAUUGUAUUACCGGAAGACACCAGAGAUAACUCGAUGAGCUCAACUGACUCUCCAGAGAUAGAUGAGAGAGCAGUUAUGCAGCUGGCAGAGAUGGGUUUUCCGUUGGAGGCCUGCAGGAAGGCGGUGUACUACACAGGAAACAUGGGCCCAGAGAUGGCCUUCAACUGGAUCAUAGCUCAUAUGGAGGAGCCUGACUUUGCUGAACCUCUCACUCUGCCCUCAAUGAUGGAUCCUCUUCCCUCCACUAGUGACAGCCCUGUAGGAGCCACUCCACUGGACAACUCGCCCCCUGAAGAGAGCGUCGCCAUCCUCACAUCAAUGGGCUUUCCUCGUAAUCACAGCAUCCGUUCACUCAAAGCCACGAAUAACAAUCUUGAACGAGCGCUUGACUGGAUCUUCACCCACCCAGAGGAUGAAGAGAGCGAUGCCCUGUCAGAUAUGGCAGACACAGAGCCCAAUGACAACGCAUUUUCCAACACCAACUCGCACAGCGACUCCACAUUGUCUCCAGACAGAGAAACAUCAGGCCCAAGAGUCAAAGAUGGACCAGGACGUUAUGAGCUCUUUGCCUUUAUCAGCCACAUGGGAGCCUCCACCAUGUCUGGACAUUAUGUUUGUCACAUCAAAAAAGAGGGAAGGUGGGUAAUCUACAACGACCACAAGGUUUGUUUGUCAGAACGACCUCCAAAAGACUUGGGCUACGUCUACUUUUACCACCGUCUUUCGAGCAGUUAAAGCCACUGCCUCCCUACAACCUUUAAAUACCUUCAGUCUUUUACCUCCAAAGACUGGCAGACACCUGCAACGACAGCGGAAACGAUGGAAGAAACCUCACAGAUCAGCGUCUUGCCUUAUCAUCAUCAUCAUCUCACACAGGAGUGACCAGGAGUACAGGUCCCAAAAGGACAGUGGUGGGCUUUUUUUGUGCAUUUAUGUUUAUGCUUUAAAUGUAGAUUUUAUUUUUGUUGAUGUUAAAAGAAGGGAAAAUGUGUAGGUACACAGGGAUGCGUGCAAUUUUUAAUUCUGGAGUUCUCUGGAAACAAAAUGAAGCAACAUAUCAGAUCAGGCCUUUCCUCCUCUCUGCUGCUGUGUCGUACUUUCAGAGCGCUACAUUUUAUAAAUGUGUGCUGAGAGGGCAGUGCUUCACUACCAGCCCAUAAAUGCUCAGAACCUGUAUCAAAAGAUUAGUUAUCAGUGUACCGCUCGUGGCUUUGCAUUUUGUUUUAAAAUAAAAUUGAUAUUUUGUCUUUGGGGUCACUUUGGAUGUUAAAAAGAAAUCCCCCCAAAAACACAGUUUAAGUUCCUAAAUGUAAAAAAAAAAAAAAAAACUACCAGAAAGGUUUGUGUUACUCCAACUGUAAAUAUACAGUAUAACUGAAAACUUCCCCAGAAAACUGCAAACAAAUUGUGGUUUUCACUUUCACUAACAAAUCUGUCUCUCCUGUGGUGACAUAUAAAAACUAAUUAUCCAAAAGCACUUUCAAAUAUAAAGCGUGUUAUAUUCUGCACUUAAUGCAGAUGAAGUGGAGUAACAUGUCUGUUCACCGAUAUAUUCUAGUGAAUGUGAAAUCUUAAAUUUUAGUUAAAUGACUUCUUAUACCGCAGCAGUAUUUCAUUUCAAAUGACUGACUAUAGCAUGUGUUAAUUUAUUUAAGUUAGUGUUAGGUCCGUGCUUCUACAAGAGUUCUUUUUGUGACCUUAGUAAGCUUUUUUUUCUUUUUUUUUUUUGCCCAAAUUGCAAAAUUUUUGCUUUCUCUGCAAAAUUGAACUUAGCUGCACCUGCUGCAGUUUGGUUCUUUCAUCACGCUGACAGAUUCAGACUGUGACCCAAAAAGGUAAAAUGAAUGUUUCGUUCACUUGUUGCCACCUUUCAGGAUUCUUGCUUCAUAUUUUUUUGGAAUACUUGUCUGGAGCAAUAUGCACUAAAACUGAACGGCAGAGCUGAUCCGAAAGCUGCAUACUGAUCUGUAUUCUCUGCUGUUAAGCGCUGCACAUGCUUGUGCAUUGCAGAAUGUAAAAACUUUAUGGUGCUUAUUGUGAAACAGAACCUGCUUUCUAAAACCCACUAACCUAUAAAAAAAUCAUUCAAUCUACUGUUUUUUUUUUUUUUUAAUCUCAUUAGGAUGCAUUCAAUAUUCAGGAUGCAUUGAGGGCUGUUCUUUUGGUUUCUGUCAAUCAUAUCAAACCUGGUGCUCAGAUCGCUUGUUUUUCAUUUCAUAGUUUGCUAUGGGUGAGUUACUUGUAUAAACCAAGAGGUCAAAGAAUGUUAACUUUACUUUAUCAGUUUCAAGUGAUUUUAUUUUAAUGGAAGAGAAAAAACUGGUUUAUCUCCCCUCCCCCACUUGUUGCAGCAUCCUGACUGCCAUUGCAGUUUCAGCUUUAGUGUAAAAUGAAUAUAAAGCAACCAUUACUUUUUUUUUUUUUUUUGGCAAGCUAAUAUCAGCUUGUUUUACUUAGAAGACUCUUUAAAGAGCAGAACAGUAGGAUGGUUUAAUAUUCCACAUUUGGCAACUACCACUAAAUUCAGAAUUUAGUAGUAGCUGUAUUUAGUGAUCACUUUUUUUUUUUAUCAAUAUUCUUAUGUUAGCAGGAGCAGGAAUAAUUGUAAUUUUUUUUCUUUAUCUUAA